AUUUCGGAUGUUGACCAAAAAUCGCGAGAAGAAAGUGUUGAUGUUCUAGACGCAUGACCGGUCACGGCGCGUGACCAGGCUGCAAAAAAGCAAAGUUAAGUACCGACUUUCAUCAACAUGAAUCGUGCUGCUCUUGCUGCGAGGCCAACUUCGGUCAAAAAUGCUGCGAUGUUAAGCGCAUCUGCAGCCCCUGGAAGCUCUGGUCCGGCCGGAAUGAGCUCCUUGAAUGCGGCUGAAAAAGUUUUGCGGGAGGACAGAAAACCAUCAAAACCGAGAUCAACAUUCGACGACCUGUUUGUCCAUGUCACGCGCGCUUGGAAACGCAUGCACGCAACGGGAAAACGGACUCUGCCACGAACGAAAAUCCACGGCGCGCAGUUCGUUCAAAUUUUGUUCGACCUUCGCCUAGUACCGAAGGCACCUUCAAGGGAUGAAUAUUCCACUUCUAAUCGCAGCACCAACGAUUCAUCUUGGGCCACCCGAAAAAUCAUCGAAGCGCAAAAAAGAAUAUGGAAGCAGCACGAUAUCACCAACGCGACGCGUUUCUGCGCAGAAGAUGAAGUAUGGAGGAACGAAGACGCGGCUAUUCCCUACUUUUCCGGCAACAUUGACACGAUGGGACACAAGGACUCCUCCAUGUUGCGCGCACGGCCGGUGCGGCUCAGGCUACGUGGUGACGGGGUCCGCGAAGCCAAAACAGCAAUUGAAACGGUAGAAAGAUUCCUGGGGAAGCCGCCCGUAAUCGCAGAAAAAAAAGCUGCUUCAAAUAGCACUGCUAGUAGUGACGCAAAGAGUUGUAGUACACAGCAAGAUCCCGAUCCCACUGCCGGAGCAGGUGCGGCCAAAGAUGGAAACUCAGGCACAGUAGAAGACGGCACGACGGAGCGCGAGUCCCGUCGGGAAAGACGAAGGCGUCAACAGGAAGUGCGCAGAUUAGCAAGAUUGGAUCUUGGUGAAGAGGAGCAAUCUAAUGCACUAUCAAGCAGCACACCAAGAACCCGUCGUCUCUCUGCGCCGGAUGUACUGGACUUGAUGAUGCAGCGGGGGUACUACGGGCAGUUUAUCGAAAAGAAAAUAAACUCCGCAGGUCCGGGCCGGCCACCGAAGCUGACGCUCGAAGAGUGCAAGAAAUGGGCGGCGUUUUUCUACCUGGAAAAGCUGAAACAGCUGAACCGAGAGGAAAAUGCUGAAAGACGCUCCUCCGCGUCUGCAAAGACGAUUUCUCAAUCGGUCGUGGACCACCCGGAAAGUAUCUCAUCAACCAAUGAAUUGAGCGGAGCAGGUACCACACCGGCUAUAGCAUCCGCGACGCUGGUCAACCCCCCCGUAGUGACGCAAGACAUCGGAGCCACGUUGGCGAGUCAGAAACUCCGGCGGCAUGAGUUGCGAUCCGUCCUGCACCGUCAAGCACAGUCGAUGGAUCCGGCAAAGAAAGAUCUGGCAGCCGGCGGACCCGCGAAGAGGAUCGCUUUGGCACGAAAUUCAAGGCAUAGUCGCCGCUACAGAAAGCGCCCCCGCGAAGACAAGCGCUGCAUGUACUGAUGAGACUAGCUACGUUUUACGUUUGCAUCUUGCGAAAAGCCGCCAACUUUAUUUUGACCGUGCAAAAAGUUGAUUGUGAUUCCCAAUGCCAUGUGCAAUUUAUUGGGCAAGUACCGUUUUCCCCGCCUAGUUCCUUG